AUUAUAGGAGAUAGUCUUUCCUAUAUUCUCCACCAUCUUUCUCAUCUGAACGACUGACGUGUACGUAAAGGGAAAACAACUUCCGGGUCAGCUUUCAAACUCAUACGUCAGCUGUAACAUUCUUAAGUAGAGAUAUACGUGUACGUGGCUUUUCUUCUGAAUAGACUGGCUGAGUGGAGGUAGCUGAGACGCUUUCAUUGAAUAACUCAGAUAAACACAGAAAACCACCAUGGACCAGAUAAUGCAGUUUGUAGAGCCUAGCCGGCAGUUCGUGAAGGACUCCAUAAGGCUUGUGAAGAGGUGUACCAAGCCAGAUAGAAAAGAAUUCCAGAAGAUAGCCAUGGCUACGGCAAUUGGUUUCGCAAUUAUGGGAUUCAUCGGAUUUUUCGUCAAACUCAUUCACAUCCCCAUCAACAACAUCAUUGUUGGCGGCUGAAUCUCAAUCCCGAUGCCCGACGGACACUACGCAAACCCGAUCCGAAUGGACUGAUGUGCUUUGUGAUUUUUAACAUGCAUUGUACAUUUUGUAUUUGACUGUGUUUAUAAAUAAAUGGCUGAAUGAAUGGA